AUGGUGCAACAAUUAUGCUCAGCAUACCAGACAGACAUCGAGGGUGAUGCAGACGGUGCGGUGAUUCGACGUACCUCUAUGCGUGCUGCUAUGACAGUUGGUGACAACAGCUAUGUACCAUCACGAAAUAAGAGAAAACCUCAAACUUACUCAAAUUGUAAGAGGACACAGUGCGAUGGCACUGAUCCUGGUUCUAUGACAUCUCGUGUGCCUGUGCACCUUCUAUUACUUAAUGCUAUCAUCAGUAGCCAGGAUAUUAUCCUGGCAUUUGGGUAUGGAUUUUUGGUGCAGUUCUAUAUUAUGAUUACCAUGCUCCACACAAACUCAGGAGUGAUCUUUUGGAAACACUACUGGCAUGAUCAGCCGGAUCGUUCUAUAGAGCACAUUGGUACUGACCUAUUCUUGGGGAAAGAUAUGGAAUCAUUAUAA